AUGGCUGAGAAACACGACUACGAGGAUCAAACACCUCAGACUCUGUCCUUGUUCCGCCUCGUCGCCGAUCAAGCCCGAGUCACCGACGAAGUACUCCAUUUUCCAUAUCCCGGAUCAGGCACCACAGAAGAUCCCUAUCUCGUUAGCUACAUACCCAAUGAUCCGGGCAACCCGUUCAACUGGUCGCAAGGCAGACGAUGGAUCGUCAGUUUGAUCGUGGCGACUGAAGUGCUAGCGACGGCUUUUGCGUCGAGUGCGUUUAGUGGAACUCUACGUGAGCUCAUGGUCGAUCUGGGCGCUAGCACAGAACUGAUUACUGCCGGUAUAUCGCUCUUCGUUCUCGGUUUUGCAGUCGGACCGCUAUUAUGGGCACCGCUGUCGGAGCUUUAUGGGCGGCAGAUAAUUUACAUCAUCACCUUCGGCGGCUUCACGGCCUUCUGUGCUGGCUGUGCCGGCGCCAAUGACAUCGCAACUCUUCUGGUGCUGCGAUUCUUCGCCGGGGCUUUUGGGUCGUCGCCAUUCACCAACGCCGGCGGUGUCAUUGCGGACGUCUUCCCAGCGUCGCAGAGAGGGCUGGCCAUGGGUAUCUUUGCGCUGGCACCCUCGAUGGGGCCGACGCUGGGGCCGUUCUGCUCGGGAUUUCUGGCCGAGAACCAAGGAUGGCGAUGGGUGAUGGGCAUGUUGGCCAUUUUCGCCGGCGUCAUGUGGAUUCUGGGUACUGUCUUCGUGCCCGAAACGUACGCGCCCGUCAUCCUCCGCAAGAGAGUCGCCAAGUUGUCCAAAAUGACCGGCAAGGUGUACAUGCUCGAGUCGGACAAAGGGAAAGGAGCGCCAUCACUAAAAUCUCUGUUGCCCACCGCACUCAUUCGACCAUGGAUCCUGCUGUUCAUGGAACCGAUUGUGCUGUUACUGUCGCUCUACAUUGCCAUCAUCUAUGGAACUCUGUAUCUCCUGUUCGGUGCCUACCCGAUUGUUUUCCAACAGAAGCGCGGGUGGUCCGAGGGCGUUGGCGGGCUCCCGUUCCUGGGUGUCGCCGUCGGCAUGAUCUUGGGCAUCGUCUUCGCCGGCUGGACGAACAAAUGGUACACCGACGAGGCCGAGAAGCACGGAGGUGUCGCCCCGGCCGAAGCUCGACUGCCACCCGCCAUGUACGGAGCCGUGGCCAUUCCCAUUGGGCUGUUCUGGUUCGCCUGGACCAACUACACGUCCAUCCACUGGAUCUCGCCCGUCAUGGCCGGAGUGCCCUUCGGCUACGGUUUUACGGUCAUCUUCCUGGCCGUGACCAACUACCUCAUCGACGCGUACACCAUCUUCGCCGCGUCCGUGUUGGCCGCGAAUACUGUUUUACGAUCCCUCUUCGGCGCCGCCUUCCCCCUCUUCACGCCCGACAUGUUCGACGCCCUGGGCAUCCACUGGGCGAGCUCGAUCCCGGCCUUCCUCGCCCUGGCGUGCGUGCCGUUCCCCUUCAUCUUCCGCAAGUACGGCGCCCAGAUCCGCAGCCGCUGCGUGUACGCCGCGCAGGCCGAGGCCAUCAUGGCCGAACUCCGCGCAAAGGCCGCUUCGCGCGCCGACAACGCCGUGGUCGAGUCCGGCGACAACUCGCCCCGCCGCUCGAGCGAGUUCGCCACCGACACCGAAUCCGAAAGUGCGGCAGAACCGAAAUUCGAACCCAUCCGGACUAGAAAGUCGUUUGCGUCCGAGACGGGUGCCGCGGCGUCCAUGACGAGAAUCAGGUCCCGCACAGGCAGUAUCAGCGAGGCGGCCAACUACAACUUCAGCCCCUACGAUAUCGACAGAGUGCACACGACGACGUCCAUCACCGGUCUCGACCUGACGCGCACGCGGACGAACAAGUCCAGUCGCUCUGCCGGCAGGCAAUGA